ACACACCGCUUCCUUCUCUCAACCUUCCUUCGCAACAACAGCAGCAGCAAGCGAGCGAGCGAGCGAGCGAGCGGCGGUGACUUCACUUCCCAAAUUUAGGACGAAAGAAAAAAAAAAGAAGAAAAAAAAAGUGUCUUUCUCUGCGCCACACAGACCGGGACUAGGCUGGAAUUAAUUCAGGAGCGUGUCAUGUUUGGGAUACCGUCGGAGUCCACUGAAAGUUGCCUAAAAUGGACGGAACUAUUAAGGAGGCGCUAUCAGUGGUGAGUGAAGACCAGUCCUUAUUUGAGCCGCCGUACGCUGCUGCCGCCCCCCUCCCCAAGAAAGACAUGACUGCAUCUGGCGCGCAGGACUAUGGCCAGACUCACAAAAUCAACCCAUUACCCCCACCGCAGGAGUGGCUCAACCAGCCGGUGCGGGUCAACGUCAAGCGAGAAUAUGAGCAUAUGAACGGAUCGCGCAGGGAGUCUCCAGUGGACUGCAGCGUGGGUAAAUGUAAUAAGCUGGUGGGGAAUAACGAGACGUCUCAGAUGAACUAUGGAAACUACAUGGAUGAGAAAAUUGCGCCUCCCCCUAACAUGACCACCAAUGAACGGAGAGUCAUUGUGCCGGCUGAUCCUUCCUUGUGGUCCCAGGACCACGUGCGCCAGUGGCUAGAGUGGGCCAUCAAGGAGUACGGCCUGUUGGAGAUUGACACGUCCUUGUUUCAAAACAUGGACGGCAAAGAGUUGUGCAAGAUGAGCAAGGACGACUUCCUCCGACUCACCACCAUGUACAAUGCCGAAGUUCUUCUCUCUCAUCUCAAUUACCUCAGGGAAAGUAGCUCAUCAUUAUCCUACAGUACACCAUCACACACAGACGCAUCCCCACGUCUGGCUGCCAAAGAAGACCCUUCAUAUGAUGCUGUACGACGGACAGGAUGGUCAAACAACAUGCACAGUGCCAAAGGCUCACCAGUUGUAACUCAGAAUGUGACUAAAACCGCCGAGCAGCCCAGAGCUCAACCAGAUCCUUACCAGAUACUCGGUCCCACCAGUAGUCGCCUAGCCAAUCCUGGUUCAGGCCAGAUCCAACUUUGGCAGUUCCUUUUGGAGCUCCUGUCGGACAGCGCCAACGCCGGCUGUAUCACCUGGGAGGGCACCAACGGCGAGUUCAAGAUGACGGACCCGGACGAGGUGGCGCGACGCUGGGGCGAGCGCAAGAGCAAACCCAACAUGAACUACGACAAACUGAGCCGAGCGCUGCGCUACUACUACGACAAAAACAUCAUGACCAAGGUGCACGGCAAACGCUACGCCUAUAAAUUUGACUUCCACGGAAUCGCCCAGGCGCUGCAACCGCAUCCCACCGAGUCGUCCAUGUACAAGUACCCCUCGGACCUAGCCUACGUGCCUUCCUAUCACAGCCACCAGCAGAAGGUCAACUUCGUAUCCCCUCACCCUCCGUCCAUGCCGGUUACCUCCUCCAACUUCUUCGGACCAACUGCUCCAUACUGGAGCUCGCCCGCCGCCGGCAUCUACCCUAACCCCAACGUCCCUCGCCAUCCGAACACCCACGUGCCUUCCCAUCUGGGCAGUUACUAUUAAACACCUCGAUCUAGCCACCCACUCGUCAAGGCCUACCAUUGCUGACCUGCCCUCCCAAUGACGCUCGACCCAAAUGAAGGCGAUGAAGAGGCACGAGGAGAUGGAAAGAGAUGAUUUUAUAUUUGUUCAAAAUUUCGAAACAACUGGAUGCCUAUCGUCCAAAAUGGAAUACUGUACUACUUAAUUACCUUUCGAAGACUUGAUGUUUUGGACACGUGCCUUUAUUUUCCGCAUCCCCACCCCCCUCCCAAAAGCUGCACCUAGUUCUUCCCCAAAAUGUUUGUCAAGCCAAAGUCCGAGGACAGAAGAGCAAUCGUGUCUGCCCAGACAUGGCCCUUUAUUUACGGGUCUCAAUCUACGUCCUCCUGAGUACAUCGCAGCCAUUAUGCUUGAAAGCAUCCGCUCUUUCCACCAUCUACAACCCUGUCGGACGGAGUUUGUUAUUCCCACCACAUCGAAGCCUUCAUCUUUUUUUUUUUUUUUCCCCCACUGCCUCCGCUCGUCCAUCUGUACCCUUUUAUGUGUGUGUUGAGAGUCUUCUGGAAUUUGCUGGAAAAGAUGGAGCCCCCCAACCCCAUCCCACACCACCACCACACAAGUCACAGACUUUUCUUGGCACUGAAUGAAAGUUGGCAACUGGAAUAUGCCAUUCACAAUUUAAUUUAUCCUCCAAACUGGAAGGCAAGAGAGGAGUUUAAUGGUGGGGAGGAAGCGCUGUAUGUCUGCUGAACUGUCAGUUGUACUUUAAAUGCUUUCUGCAUUGCGUGCAGAGUUGAUGACAGGCAACGUGUACAGCUCUGUUGUGCUGAGGAAGCCGAGUCAAGGCGUAAUUGAAGCAAUUUUGCAACAAGUCAACCCAGGCCGACACGCUCGGCUAUUAAAAGUUUACUGCAUCGUCGCCUCCAAGCCAUGUUUUGUCUCUCCGCCAUGUCAGUAUUAAUGUGAAUGUUGUCCAGUUUGUGUCUUAAAAGAGGAUGCCAAAUCAAAGAUUGUCAGGGGUUUUCAUAUUGUCAAGAAAAACAAAAAAAUUGAUUUUGAUGGUCGUGUUCAUUCGUAAAUAUGAAAAGUCCUUCUCUCGGUUUAAUCACGGAGCUAAAGUCUAGCAAGACUGCAAAUGUCGAACGAGUGCAUUGCAAUAAAACGAGUGCAUCCGGUUUACCGUGUGAUGAAAUGAGCAUUGAACCCCGACAGUGUUAGCAUCAUUCUUUAACUGCUGUUCCACGCAGUCUUCACGAGACUCGAAAUAUUUCCCCCCCCCCCCCCCGAUGAGAAGUCUUGACAAUUUUUGAUUUGUUUCAUGACUGCCACGGUGUCUCAUCUCCUUUUGGGGCCAGCCGGGAUCACGUAGGUCACACUGAGAAGUGGCUUUCUUAAUUUGUUGCGUUAGUCAACGGUGUCAAGUUGCAUAAUACCGGGGCUGGAUCCUAGUUUGAGAGCAGCAUGUAUGCUUGAAUGUUAGUUUCUCACUGAUCUGAAGGCCAGAUAAACAUGCACAGAGACUUCCUCCUCAUGUAAUCGCAUCAUAUCGUAACAUUUUCAUCGUCGGCUGCACAAGCUGAUAUGAGCAAAUGCAUUCCAUGACCAGUAAGUGACGCAGACACUUGAAAGUGAACGACUUUGGACUAAGCUUAUCAGAGAACAAAACCAAUUGAAAAUAUGAUGAGAUGAAACAUGGAAUUCCUCAGAUUCGCAAACGCUGUGCGUUUGUCAGACCUAUUUUUUAUUAUUUUAUAUGCGUCAGUCAACUAGGCAUUAAAGCAACUUACUGUAUAAAUUAUGCAGAGCUAUUUUCAUAUGUGACACAGUAUUAAAAAGAGACAAGAGAAUUAAUACGAGUUGACCUCGGUCAAAAAAAA